CGCCGGAAGACUGGCGCCACCCAAAACUUAGCAAAAGAAGAUACAGUUGUUACAUCUCUAUGGUUGUAGUUGCGUAAAAUAACAGGCGGAAGUAGUUCAGGAAAAAGUGGUCCGGAGAACACCACGGAUUCACGUUAUCUAUCAGCCAUCAACGCGAUGGCCUACAGACAGUUAGUCCGCAGGGUUUGGGCCUUGUCUGUUAGAGACCUUCGCUGCUUCCCCGUCUCCACCUCUGCCUUCAUCUCCCCCCGCGGUUCUCCCAGCGCAACAUGGCAGCCGGCACGGUCCCCUUCGCUGACCCUGUCCCGCUCCCUGUCCCUCACCCCUGCCCGCCACGUGUCCUUUAAUGUGCAGGAUGCAGACGACUUCACAGAGAGGGUCAUCAACAGUGACCUGCCUGUGCUGGUGGACUUUCACGCACACUGGUGUGGGCCUUGUAAGAUCCUGGGGCCAAGGUUGGAGAAAGCAGUUGCCAAGCAGCAGGGCCGUGUUACCGUGGCAAAGGUUGAUAUCGAUGAGCACACAGAUCUGGCCAUUGAAUAUAAGGUGUCAGCAGUUCCCACCGUGAUUGCCAUGCGGGACGGUCACGUCAUCGACCGCUUUGUGGGGGUCAUAGAAGAAGAUCAAAUAGACUCCUUUAUUGGCAAGCUCACUGGGUAGUGAAACUGAGAUGUCCCACCACAUCCAAUCACGUGCCAAGAACCCCGGCCUGGCACCACCCCACUCCAAUCCACCGACUCCCAUUGGUCAUUGGCUGAUCUUGACUGGGCCUUUCUGCCCCUUCCACAGUCACACCCAUUCAGGUUUUACUUUCAGCUGUGUCUUUCCCAGGACGUGAGGUUGAGCAUUGCUUUUCUAUCUCCUUGAAUGACACAUUAACGUGCACAUAAUAUAGUGGUAAAGUGAAAACUGUAUUCUGUUUCAUUGUACGGCUGUGGAAUGGUGAACAUCUUGCACAUUCCUCACUAAUGUGAUGUGCUAAACUGAAUUAUGUUUGUUUUUUCCUCAACCACAAGAGGGCAGACAUUUUCCAUCUUGGCUACAGGGCAGUGUGACACUCAUACAAAACCAACAUUUUGCUUGCUCCUGCUAUAAGGCCAGGAUUAAAUAUAAAUGUGUCUAUAUCAAAAAUCAUACAGUUUUGCCAGAUCAGUCACCACUAAACUUGCCAAGCUGUGCUUCUGCAGAGAAAAAGUAUUUUUAAUUUUAAAAAAUGAAAUACAGCUGUUGAUUUGACCUAGGCUUUAUGGACAGUAAUGUGAGUGUGGAGUGUGUGAGUCUGCCACAAUAGUGUGAAUUUCUUUGCUCUUAUAAUUAUGAAAGCCUUCACACUGUGGAAAUGGUGCAGGUUUUGGAUGUAUUUUAAUAAAAAGUCUAAUACAUUUUGUAACUGAAUUACGAUGAAAA